GUUACUUAGAAUUCUUUUCUUCAUAUUGAUUCAAGUGUCUGAGAACACUGAGCCCCAGUAUGGCACCUCUGAGACUCUGUGCCAUGGCCCCCAACUCGCAGAGCACUUUCCCAGCACUGUUCCUCUUUGGGGUCUUGACCCUACUGCUGUGCCCUUCUGGCUUGUGUGACUGCAGAAUAUUUCCGAGCAUUGCCCAUGGAUCCCAUAAAGACAUGAGUUCAUUUUUUUCCUAUACUACUGUGGUGCAAUAUGAAUGUGAUGAAGGAUAUGUUCUGGUUGGAGAGUCUAAAAUCACCUGCAGGAACUCCCACUGGUCGUCUCCAGCCCCUGAAUGUAAAGCUCUGUGUCUGAAACCAGAGAUCAAAAAUGGAAGUCUGUCUGUGGAUAAGGACCAGUAUGUUGAGCCCGAAAAUGUUACUGUUCAGUGUGAUGAUGGCUAUGGUGUGAUUGGCUCUCAAAGCAUCACCUGCUCAGAGAACGGAAUCUGGUUCCCAGCGGUGCCCAAGUGUAAGUGGGAAUUCCAAAUGGGCUGUGAGCAAGUGCUAGUUGGCAGUAAACUCUUACAGUGUCUCCCCUACCCAGAGGACGUGAAAAAGGCCCUGGAGGUGUACAAGUUGUCUCUGGAGAUUGGACACCUGUGCAAGAAUGAGACUUGAAAAGGAACGCCAUUUAGAAACCAGUACAUCCACCACCACCACACACACCCUUGUAUCCUCCCCACAAAAGUAAAGAAUGAGGUACAUUUCUCUCAUUAGCAAGUCUACUAACCGUUCGUUAAGUACUGUUUACUAAAAAAAAAAAAAAAAAAAAAAAAAUUCCCCGUGUUAGGAGAAUCUGUUGAUACCCUUAGUACCACCGAUAAUGUGGAGCUCUUGAUUUGUCUUUGCCCAGCCUAUGCUUCUGCUGUCCUGGACAUGGCAGAAUGACAGAAAUAAAU